AUGGAGAUGAAAACAACUACUACAAAUCUAGAGGAUGAAACCAUUAAAACACUCUACAAUGCAUCCUUAAACGGUUCUGUAACUACCUUAAACACACUCAUCCAAAACAACCCUCUUAUACUCCACAAAGUUUCACUCUCUCUAUAUAACGAAACUCCAUUACACAUUUCCUCUCUUCUUGGUCACUUACAAUUUUGUGAAAUUCUUCUGCAAAACAAACCAAGUUUCGCCAAUGAAGUUGACUCAAAAGGACGGUGUCCUCUUCAUCUAGCUUCAGCUGAAGGACACACCGAAGUCGUGAAAGCUCUUUUGUUAGCAAACCAGGAUGUUUGUUUGGUUUUUGACAAAGAUGACAUGAUUCCUUUGCACUUUGCUGUUAUAAGAGGACGGAUGGGAGUAAUUAAGGAGUUGAUUAAUGCUAGACCGGAUUCUGUUCGAGUUUUGAAUGACGAUGGUUCUGUUUUGCACUUGUGUGUUUUGUAUAAUCAUUUGGAGUCAUUGAAGUUGUUAUUGGAAUCAGUUAGAGUAGAUAAACAGCUGUUGCUUGCCAAAGACAGAGAGGGCAAUACAGUUCUGCACUUGGCAAUUAAGCUCAAACAAAUUAAGAACAUAAAAUACUUACUUCUACAGCCUGAAUUAAGAACAUCAGCAAUCACUUUGAACAGGUCAAGUAUCAAAACUUUGGAGCUGUUAGAGUCCUGCCCAAGAGAUUUUAUUAGCCUUAAAAUUGAAGAAAUGUUAACUGAAGUCGGGGUUCAAAGAUCUACACAAAUGGAUUAUGCACCGCAUAUGGAUUCUGCAGUGCAACAUGCACCAUUACCAAUCAUAUCCAAUCAAGAACAACCAAGUCAAUUUAAUCAAGAACUUCCAAAUGGAAGAAGGAAAAUGUGGGAAAACUUGUGGUCCAAGUAUCUACAAUUCCAAGGUAAUUGGAUAGAAGAAACAAGGGGAACAUUGAUGUUGGUGGCCACUGUUAUUGCAACAAUGACUUUUCAAUCAACAAUAAGUCCACCCGGUGGAGUUUGGCAAGAAAAUACACAUACCGGUGGACGUAACUGCACUACUUAUGGUAUAUGUGAAGCAGGCACUGCAGUUUUAGCUUAUGCAUGGCCACAUGAAUUCAUUAAGUUCAUGACAUACAACACUACUUCUUUCUUUUCCUCUCUUGGUGUUGUGCUGCUACUUAUUAGUGGAUUCCCCCUUAAGAAUAAGGUCAUGAUGUGGGUCUUGACCAUGGCUAUGAGCGUCGCGGUCACAUUCAUGGCACUCACAUUCGUGUUUGCGCAGAGUUUGGUCACUCCUUAUCAUAUUAUUCAACAAGAUUUCAGCAUGGCUUACCCUGUUGUUGUUGCUUGGGGUAUAUUGCUUUUAGUUAUUGGUUUGAUUCACACACUCAGGUUGGUUUUCUGGGUAAAAGUGAGGACAAAAAAGAAAAUGCAAUAG